AUGACAAGAAAUUCAGCUGACCUUGACAAUCAGGGCUUGAUUGAUGCACGCAAAAACCAGGGAUUCAAUGGCGACGGCUUUGAGUACCUGAAAAACCCGCUGUGGUGGCUGGGCAUCUGCUCCUUGGUCCUCGGCGAGAUCUGCAACUUUGCCGCAUAUGCCUUUGCGCCCGCUAUUCUUGUAACGCCGCUGGGAGCCCUGAGCGUCAUCUUCGGCGCUGUCAUGGGCUCGUUUCUGCUGAAUGAACAGCUUGGACCGGUUGGUCGAUCCGGCAUUGCCGUCUGCCUCCUUGGCGCCGUGCUGGUCAUCAUUCACGCCCCUCCUGAACAGCCGGUUGAGACGAUAGAUCAGAUUCUCGACUAUGCUUUGCAGCCUGGUAUGUCGCCGCUCAGACAUGCCUACUUGUUUGCUUUGGCUAAUGCGGCCUUUUUUUCCCUCCCAGGCUUCUUGCUAUAUGCGUUUGCCGUACUUGGAGCCGUUGUCUUUUUGAUAUACAAAGUUGCGCCCGUGUACGGCAAGAAGCACGCCUUGGUCUACCUCUCCGUAUGCUCGCUCGUGGGCUCAAUCUCCAUCAUGGGCAUCAAGGCGCUGGGCAUGGCUUUGAAGCUCACUUUUUCCGGCAAUAACCAGUUCACCCACCCGUCUACGUAUGCCUUCCUGCUUCUCUCGGCGGGGUGUAUUGUCGUCCAGAUGAACUACUUCAACAAGGCGCUGGCAUCCUUCCCGGCUAACAUAGUCAACCCCUUGUACUAUGUGACGUUUACGACGGCUACACUAUCGGCUUCUCUUAUCCUGUACGGCGGCUUGAGCAUCAAGAAUGUCGUAACAAACUUGUCUCUACUGCUCGGCUUGCUGGUCACCUUUAUAGGCGUCAUUAUACUCAACUUGUCUCAGAGAGAUGCUGGCAUUCGCAACUCGGUGGCGCGUGGGAGCUUCGAGAGGAUUCCGUUUCAGAGCCUUUCUAACGCAGGCAACGCCUCGCUGGCGAACAAUUACUACUAUGCGCGGUACGAUGACGAAUCGCGCCCCUGA